AUGGAUCUCAAAGCGGAUUCGGAAGAGAUGGUGGACUCUUUCAAGCGACCUCCAGCGAUUGAAGUUUUCGCCAGCAGGUCGACUCUCCAUGGCAUCUCGCACAUGUUCACUUAUGAACGGAUCUGCAUCAAGCGGUGCCUGUGGAUCUUGUUCUUCCUUGGUUCUCUCGGGUUCCUGGUCCUGGUGUGUGUGGACCGGGUCCAGUUCUACUUACAGUACCCCCAUGUCACUAAAUUGGAUGAGAUAGCAACACCGUUGAUGAUCUUCCCCGCAGUCACCUUCUGCAACCUCAACACGUUUCGCUUCGGCCGGGUGACACGCAACGAUCUGUACCAUGCCGGGGAGCUCCUCGCGUUGCUCAAUGGAAGGUAUGAGAUUAGAGACACUCACCUGGUUGAGGAAAGCGUCCUGGAGACCCUGAAGAUCAAAUCUGACUUCCUCAACUUCAAGCCCCGUCCCUUUAACAUGCGUGAGUUCUACGACCGGACAGGCCAUGACAUCAAGGACAUGCUGCUGUCAUGCUACUACCGCGGCGUGGAGUGCAGCGCUGAGGACUUUACUGUGAUCUUCACCCGUUAUGGGAAGUGCUACACGUUCAACUCUGGCCAAGAUAACCGGCCGCUGCUGGUGACCAUGAAGGGAGGGAUGGGUAACGGCCUGGAGCUAAUGUUGGAUAUACAACAGGAUGAAUACCUGCCAGUCUGGGGAGAAACAGAUGAGACGUCGUUCGAGGCGGGCAUCAAGGUUCAGAUCCACACACAGGACGAGCCUCCCUUCAUUGACCAGCUGGGUUUCGGAGUGGCCCCGGGCUUCCAGACCUUCGUAUCCUGUCAGGAACAACGGCUGACAUACCUGCCUCCUCCGUGGGGCGACUGCAAGUCCACUCCCAUGGACUCUGACUUCUUCAGCUCCUACAGCCUGACGGCCUGCCGUAUCGACUGUGAGACGCGCUACCUGGUGGAGAACUGUAACUGCCGCAUGGUACACAUGCCUGCUCUGGAACUAACGUGA